AUGCAGUACACCGACAUGGUUUGGUACUUUGCUUACGGCUCCAAUAUGGCCAGCUCAACACUCAAACGACGGCAGCUAAACCCAAGAGACUCUCGGCCUGUCUUUGUGUCCUCUCAUGUUCUUUGCUUCGAUGUGUUCGGUGUCCCAUACAAGGAACCCGCUAUGGCCGGUAUUCGGGAGAGGACUCCAGUCGAUGACACAAAUGCGACGCCUUCGGUGCACGGGAUGGCUUACUUGCUAUCACGGGAAGACUAUCAUCGGCUGAUAGUCUCCGAAGGGGCGGGCGUAGCCUAUGUCGAAACGGAGUUGAUGGCCCGGAUCUGUUCAACUGUGUUUACGGAGCGAGCGGCGACUUGUGAGGAGAUUCCGGUGUGGACCUUGAUGGCGAGAUUUCCAUUCCGGCCCGAAGCCCUUCCGAGCGUUCGGUACAUGGGGCUGUUGAUCCAGGGAGCCGAACAAUCCGGCCUGCCAGCCUCAUACCAAGACUUUCUACGCGAUAUUACUGCGUAUCACAAAAGUCUUUCCAAAUACGAAGAAUUCGGCGCGUCGCUCCUGAUCGGCUUUUGGAUGCCUAUAAUCAAUGGUAUAAUGAAGAGAGUCAAGCGGAGAACCGAUUCGGAUGGUAAUGCACCGCCUUGGGUCGGGGAACUGGUUAGGUUGGUUUUUAUCACCAUGUGGCUCUACUAUGAUACCAUACACAGCCGUAUCUGGGGUCCGAAUGGUGGAAGGGAUUUAGCUGGAACUACUUAA